AUGCAUUUAAACGACGAAUACUUUUCAUUCGAUUCUCAUGUUCGUGAGCCAAAAGAAUAUACUGCAAAUAGAAACGGAACAGCAAUUGUCAUGAAGUUCAGAAGCAAUGAAAGUCGGUGCAAUCACCUGAAAAUAGUUUUGGGAGUGCUAAACCAACGAAAUUUGCAAUAUUCUAUUACUGCUGUUAACGCAACUACAGCAGAAAGAGAGUCUAUUAAACUACUUAGUAAUGUAUCCAAUACUAACAUUUCAGAAACUGAUUUCGACGGGAACAUUCACGAAGGUCAAGUAGUUACUAAAUCUCUUGUACCAAUCGAUUCAGCAAUACCAUCUUGUAGUGCCGGAAGUGGCAAAACCUUCAUAUUAAGGUUACUUGUUGAACAAAUAAGUCGUCUAGCGCACGACAAUUACGGAAAAAGUGUAAUUGUCACUGCACCCACUGAUGUAGCAGCUACACUUAUUGAGGGUAGCACUUUACACGCGACUUUUGCAUUACCGAUAGAAAAGGGUAGAAUGGAAGCUUUGAGACCGAUGGCUGGAAAGAGACUUCAACAGAACGUCAAAAGUGGCGUCAUGUACAUGAGAUGA